CUCGCUGAUCUCCCCUUCGAUUCUCUCACUCCCGACCAAACCAUACUCCUCGCGCGAGCGCCGCCACCGCCGGUUGAUCUCCCCUUCGAUUCUCUCACUCCCGACCGUUUCUCCUCCCAUCCCCCCCCGGUGCCCUACUGGGUCCUCCGCCCGUGUAGGGUUUAGCGGCCGUCUGCUCCACCCACCGCCGUCUCUCGGCACCACCCGAGCUUCUGAUGGACGUCGACUCUGAACCCUCCGCCGAGAGCAAGCCCACCCAGAUGGACCUCGAGGAUCAGACGGAUGUUAAGGGGAAGGGGAAGGCCGAUGCUACGGAAGAGGAAGGGAAUGGGAAGGGCGAGGAGCUCGCGGACUCCAUUGGGAGCCUAUCCAUCGGCCCGGGACGCACCAACUUCAAGAAGAAGCCGGUGAUCAUCCUUGUCAUCGGCAUGGCUGGGACUGGGAAGACCACCUUCAUGCACCGUCUGGUGUGCCAUACACAGGCAUCAUCAAACAUGAGGGGUUAUGUGAUCAAUCUUGACCCUGCAGUGAUGACGCUGCCAUUCGGGGCCAACAUUGAUAUCCGUGACACUGUGCGUUACAAGGAGGUUAUGAAGGAGUACGGACUUGGUCCCAAUGGCGGCAUCCUUACCUCACUCAACCUGUUCUCAACCAAGUUUGAUGAGGUUAUAUCUGUUAUUGAAAAGCGAGCAGACCAGCUGGACUAUGUGCUGGUGGACACCCCAGGGCAGAUUGAAAUCUUUACUUGGUCGGCUUCAGGAGCUAUCAUAACUGAAGCUUUUGCAUCAACAUUUCCAACGGUUAUUGCAUAUGUUGUUGACACCCCCAGGUCGACGAGCCCUGUAACAUUUAUGAGCAACAUGAUGUAUGCAUGCAGUAUCCUCUACAAGACCCGUUUGCCUCUGGUCCUGACAUUCAACAAGGUUGAUGUAGCCAAGCAUGAGUUUGCUCUUGAGUGGAUGCAAGACUUUGAAGCAUUUCAGACAGCUUUGGAUUCCGACUCAUCGUACUCCUCUUCAUUCACCCGGAGUCUCUCUCUUGUGUUGGAUGAAUUCUACAAUAACCUGCGUUCUGUCGGAGUAUCAGCAGUAUCCGGCACUGGAGUUGAUGCAUUUUUUGAAGCUAUAGAAGCAAGUGCCAAUGAAUACAUGGAAAAUUACAGGGCUGAUCUUGACAAGAGGAUUGCUGAAAAGGAGAGACUAGAGGCCGAGCGGAGAAAUGAGAACAUGGAAAGAUUAAGAAGAGAUAUGGAGAAGUCCAAAGGACAAACUGUGGUGCUCAGCACUGGUUUGAAAGACAAAAUCCCUGCUUCUGAACUGAUGGGUGAUGCUGAUGAGGAGGAACAAGAGGAGGCGUUGGAGGAUUUCAGAAUUUCUGAUGAUGAAGACGAAGACGAAGAUGUUGAUGAUGAUGCUUUUUAGGCCGGCAUGCUCUGCUUAGUGUCUCGCUCUUUAUCUUUUGGUCUGCUGUAAAUUGGGUCUUUUGUUGGUCGUCUGGCACAACUAAGCAAAACAGCGGUAGCGAUUAGUUAUGAAGAUGCAUUUGUUGUCAGAGCGUGUCUAUGUUUCUGCCACUAGGGACUCAAGAUAUACAUUUCUAUGUGUUGAAACUGGUUGCGCCUGUGCCUGUCUGGCCAUUUGAUGGAUGUUGCCAGUUCUUGGUCGUUCUCUCUAAAUUACGCCUUGGUUUGCAGCA